AUCUUCGCAAGUUUGUAUUCCAGAGCCCCGUUACUUUCUUCAGUUAUUUUGUUUAUCUAAACUAUUGCCAGCAAUAAGCCUUUCUACUGAUUUGAAGAAGAAACAGCAAUUGCUCUUGAAAGGUCUUAUGCCACCAUAUAUCCCAUAUCAGCCAACGCCACUUCCAAGCAUAGCUGUCGAAAUGGCUUCCACGCCUGAGGAGCUUCACAUAUUAACCCUCAACUGCUGGGGGCUCAAGUAUAUCUCGACGCUUCAACAUGAGCGGCUUUUGGAAAUUGGGAAGCGUAUUGUCACCGCCGAGCCUACACCUCAAAUCGUUGGGCUCCAAGAACUCUGGACCCACGAGGACUAUGUAGCGAUCCGAAAGGAAACUCGCCAUAUAUUGCCAUAUGGUAAAUUGUACUACGGUGGAAUCUUUGGAGCAGGUCUUGCCAUAUUGUCAAAAUGGCCCAUAGAGGAGAGUUCCAUGGUGCCAUAUCGACUUAAUGGGCGGCCAACUGCAUUUUUCAGGGGAGAUUGGUACGUCGGAAAGGGUGUUGCCUGCGCAAGAAUUCGCAUAGGUUCAGGUCCUAAGGAUAUUGUCGAAGUGUUUACAACUCAUCUCCAUGCUCCUUACGAAGUCGAGCCACAUGACUCCUAUAUUUGCCACAGGACCGCUCAGGCAUGGGAAAUUGCAAAACUCAUCCGAGGGGCAGCAGACCGCGGUCACCUUGCCAUAGCUCUGGGAGACUUUAAUAUGAUUCCACUCUCAUUAGCCCAUCGCCUAGUCACGUCACAUGCACCUGUCCAAGACGUAUGGCGGGCACUGCACCCAGAUUCUAGUCUAGGAGCAGCGAUCGACAAGAGUGAGAAAGCCAGGAUGCGAGGCGUCCCAACUGCUGCGAUGAACCUGAGCGAAAACGGUAUUACCUGUGACAGUGUGCUGAAUACGUGGAGAUGGAGCAAGGAAAAGCAGCAAAAGUUGGGCCCGGGGAAACCUGCCAUUACCAUACCGCUCAGUACUAGCGAUCCAAAGGCCAAGCGACUUGAUUACAUCUUUGCAGGUGAUGGGAAGAGGCACGGAGAGGCUGGGGCGUGGGUAGUGGAGUCUGCUUAUGUUGGCAUGACGGAGCCGCAUCCUACAUUUCAAUGCUCUCUCAGUGAUCAUUUUUCGGUCGGAGCUACACUCCGAUGGAGUGGUAUUGCAGGUCAGGAGAGUAAUGUGGCGCUUUCCAGCCCACCGGUCACACAUGGCCAUACAGAAAGUGGAUCCGAGAAGUAUAGGUCUUUGAGUGUUUCGUAUCUCCCGCCCUCGACAUAUGAUGAGAUAUUGGAAAUGAUCUAUUCCUACACGCUCCGAGAAGGGAAGCAGCGGCGAUGGAGAUUGUACCACUUUAUUGGGUCUCUUGUCAUCUCCAUCGGCUGUCUUAUUGCCAUAUGGUGGUCUCCGAGGAACUUUGUGUCCUUCUUGCUCAUGCUGCUAUCCACAUUGGGUUUGAGCGCUGGGGUAAUUGAUGGUUUGAUCGGAGGACUAUUUGUUGGGAGCGAGCUCAGGGCGUUAAAGGAGUUUGAGUGGGAGAUUAAAAAUGCUAGGGGGGCUGCUGGAGGUGUUGAACAUGAUGACAGACAUGAAGUGAAGGAUUGGUAGGUGGGGAUCAGUCGGUAUUGAUACUCGACGUGUAUUUGUGUUUGUAUUUUAUUUUUCUUAAUUUGAAGCGGCUACAUGAACUCUGGUACUGGAC